AUGGAUCCGCUGUCUAUUGCGAGUUCAGUGGUGGGAUUGACGGCGACAUGCCUUUCAACCUGUAAAAAACUCCACGAUCUCGCUGGCGAGUAUCAAGACGUCCCAGCAGUCAUCGCCAUGAUAUGUUCCGAAUCAACAAUAAUUAGUAUCGGCCUGUCAGAACUUCAAAUGAAGAUCCUACGAAGAGAUGACCUCUCACAAGCAUGGGCAUCGAAAACAGAGAUCUGGACGGCUUUUGAAACAGCGUUGACUGGAUGCAUGGUUGUGUUCAGCUGCCUCGAGGCAGAAACACGAAGUCUUCGAUCCAAAAAUCCAGGAAUUUGGGCUAAGAUCAAGUUUAUCUGGAACCAGGACCGCUUGAAAGAACUUUUGGGUGCUCUCAGAGCGCAGCAGUCAUCCAUAACCUUUCUUCUAAAUCUCCUUGAACUUGAGACUUUAUCCAAUAUCCAGAAAGAUAUUCGAAAGAAUGCGCCGAAGAUGAAGGCAGCUGCUUCAGAAGCACAAUCCCUGCGAUCUUGCAACCCGAGCGUCAAGAUGGGCUCUGAGUCAAUUUUCGAUAACGAUGCUGCUAGUCUUAGUUUCUUUCACCUCGAGGCCGUUUCCGGUAAUGCACCCUCUGAGCUCGAUUUUGAGUUCGACGAUCUCGUUAUCAACAGUAAGGCAUACAGACGCGUCUUUGUUAAAGCUCAGAGUAAGAGCCGGCCCACUCAUGUCGAAGAUGGGGAUUCUGAUACGGAGACGGUAAAAGAGGUGGAUAAAGGUCCAGUGCAAUCACAGAAGAACGCCACUUCUCUAAAGAGAGACUCACGAGAGAAGGUAGUUUCAAACACCAAAGAUUUCUCCGACCUGUUCUGCUCGCUGGCACAACUACUUGCUACGGUUGUCUCCGGAGUAUUUCAAAGGAUCACUUACGGGUAUUAG